GAAUAGCAUUACAGCAGGCUAUUUUUGUGUGUGUCCGGAGUCGGUUAACAUCGGUUUUGGAAUCAGUUCUAUUAUUAUUAUUAUUAUUAUUAUUAUUAUUAUUAUAUCAAUAUUAUCGCGGUCGGGACAGACAGGCGAACAGAUGUUCCAAACUGGGAAGAAACCUUUAUGCUGGGACUACAAGGGGUUAGCCCCAAUACAGCAACGUUGUGCGGAACCGUGAGCGAUAUGAAUAUCCGCCAGCAGAGCUCGGAUAAUAACUCGGUGAGCAGUAGCGAAUGGGACAUGGCAAAUGACGUUUUCGUGUCCGGCUACGACGAGAACCCGACGGGAACGGAAGCCCGCGUCGGCGGCGGCGGCGGCGGCGGGUGUGACCCGGCGGAACCGGGUUUGGACAGACACCUUCCUCUUUUACCGCAGGACGGCCUCAUGCUGGGCCUGCCUGAUGAGGAAUACUCGAGAGAGACUCCGUCGUAUCUGGACAUCGAGCGAAACUACAGCGAAAGUGACAGCAACGCGACGAGCAAGAAACGCGUGCGUUCCAACAGCUCCAGGCACAGAGGCGAAAUCGUCACGGAGCUGGGCCCGGAGGAGGUCAGGUGGUUUUACAAGGAGGACAAGCGGGCGUGGAAGCCUUUCGUCGGACACGACUCUUUAAAAAUCGAGAGCGCCUAUGCGAGGUUCGCGAAGCACAGCCCCGACGAGGUCAAACGCCCCCGUGAGCCCGUCGAGAGCCGGGGCAAAGAUGCGGCGGAGGACUGCCGACGGCCCUCCUUGUCCGAGGAGAUGAGCGACCCGGACGGCACCGGCACCGGCAUCGGCAUCGGCAUCGGCAUUAACACGGAGGCAGUGUGUGUGAGAGGGGGGCUCUAUGAAGUGGACGUCAGAGAAAAGGAAUGCUACCCAGUUUACUGGAACCAGCAAGAUCGUAUUCCUGUGAUGAGAGGCCAGUGGUUCAUUGAUGCAACCUGGCUUCCUUUGGAGGAGGAUGAGAGUGACAUGAUUGAGCAAGAGCACCUUGCCCGUUUCCGGGGUCAACAAAUGAGGGACACCUAUGAAAUGGAGGUAGUGACUACCACAGUAGACAGCAAAGAUGCUAUUCACAGUUUGAAGCUGAGCCGGAGCCAUGUUGACUGGCAGAGUGUGGAUUUGGUGUACCUGUACAGCGACGCUACCACAUCCAAGAUUGCACGAACUGUCACUCAGAAACUGGGCUUUUCUAAAGCUUCGAGCAGCGGGACACGUCUCCACCGAGGGUAUGUAGAGGAGGCAGCUCCUGAGGACACCCCACCUGAAACCACUCACAUCGUGUUUGUGGUGCAUGGCAUUGGUCAGAAGAUGGACCAGGGUCGCAUUAUUAGGAACACCAGCAUGAUGAGAGAUGCUGCCAGAAAGAUGGAGGAGAAGCACUUUCCUAAUCGCACCACAGAGCAUGUUGAGUUCCUUCCUGUUGAAUGGCGGUCGAAACUGGCUCUUGAUGGAGACACAGUGGACACCAUCACUCCGGACAAACUGAGAGGUCUCAGAGACAUGUUGAAUAGCAGCGCCAUGGACAUCAUGUACUACACUAGCCCGCUUUACAGAGACGAGAUUACCCGAGGUCUGACUCUUGAGCUGAACCGUCUUUACUCACUUUUCUGCUCGCGAAAUCCAGACUUUGAAAAAAAUGGGAAGGUCUCCAUCGUGUCACACUCCUUAGGCUGUGUCAUCACUUUUGACAUCAUGACUGGCUGGGACCCGGUGCGCUUUCAUCAUUUAGAAGUGCCUGAUCCGGAAGAAACAAAGGCCCGCUGGCCAAGUGUCGAAGAGCGCCAACUUCAGGAGCAACUCAGACUCACACGCCUCAGGUUGAGGGAUUUGGAAGAUCAGUUCCAGGGUCUGCAGACCUUGUCUUGUGUUGCAGUUCCGGCAAUGAAAUUCAAGGUGGAGAAUUUCUUCUGCAUGGGCUCCCCUCUGGCAGUAUUCUUGGCAUUACGAGGCAUCCGUCCAGGAAGCAAUGUCGUCCAGGACCAUAUCCUCCCCACCUCAAUCUGCAAACGCCUCUUCAACAUAUUCCAUCCCACUGACCCUGUGGCAUACAGAUUGGAACCUCUUAUCUUAAAGCACUACAGUAACAUUGCACCCGUUCAAAUCCACUGGUACAACACCACCAGCCCCACGCCAUAUGAUCAAAUUCGCCUCACACUGCUGAACCUUCCCAAGGAGACAACAUCUAUAUCGGACUCCGAAAGCCUUGCCAGCCCUUGUACCUCUCCGCCCCAGGCACGACGUCACUAUGGCGAGUCCAUUACCAGCCUGGGCAAGGCCAGCAUCAUGGGUGCUGCAAGUCUCGGAAAGGGAAUCGGAGGAAUCCUGUUUUCUCGCUUUUCUCGAUCCAGUUGUCAGGUGGGUGGAAUGGAGGAGGAGCCCUCAGAUUUUGAGGGUCGAACCACAGAAGCGGAAAACGCAGCGGGAGAGAAGACGGUUCUCCCCGAAAUUGAUGAGAAAGAAAAACUAGUCGAGGAGGAGCAGAGGGAAAUAGAGCAGGCAAUGUCGCAAUCCACUUCAGUAGUCAUGGACCACACCUCCUUGGAACUGGAAAGACGCAUCGACUUUGAGCUGCGAGAGGGCUUGGUCGAGAGUCGCUAUUGGUCGGCGGUGACGUCGCACACAGCCUAUUGGUGCUCUUACGAUGUGGCGCUUUUCCUCCUUACAUUCAUGUAUAGACCACAAGAGCCUCCUGAGACUGCUGAAGACAACACAGAUGCCUCAUAAAAAAAAAAUACAUGCACACCUUCAGGCAUGGCCGGUCAAUUCAUUUUCUAUUCGCAUUUGAAAAAGAAAAUGAUCGCACUCUCUUUUGCAUUUGCAGUUUUAUUACAAAAUUAUCUACCAAAAAAACAAUGGUACUGAUUCGAGAUUAAUGCUAUUUUACACAUUUUAACCUUACAAAGUCAAUCCAUAUUUGUUUUAUACGUCUUAUUUUUACAUCAUGGAUUUCAACAUAGACACGAAAAUGUCCCUUUUUUUAAUUUACAAUUUGGCGUCACAGGCGCAUGAAAUGACUGUUACCAAGUGAAUUGAAACUGAAUUGACAAACGCUCACAUAGGCACACACACACACACACACACACACACACAUCUAGCUUCGACAGAACGGACAAACUGUGCCCAAAGCCUUGUCCUCUGACCAUUUGUCCACAAAUGCCUGCUCAUGAUCUUUUGCAGCAGCAACUGCUUCCUGCACAGAACCUUUCAUAGCCCUCAUUGAACUUUUAGCGUUCUGUGUAUCAGGAGGAUAGUUUCCAUCUGUGACUGAGGUCGUGAUGAUCCCGUAAUUUAUCCUACCUGACCAUUGACCAGUACGAUGCUCAGCUUUGAUAUCAUUAUCAUUUCCCAACAUAAGGCACCAUGGUGAGACAGAUACAGUACGAGUUAUAAUACUAGGAGUAGUAAAAAUAGUUUGUCUGGUGGCGAACUUAUAGCCCAGUACAGUACCGUACAGUAGUUCCAAAAAAAAAAAAAAACUACUAAAAGCUUAAUUUUUGUCACUUUUCAGGAUUUGUAGGAAUGAA